CAAACCGGAAGUCAUGUUGUGUAUCCUUCAAAAUACUGUAACUUGACAGCUGUAUGAGAGAACCAAGCAGUCGAGGGAGAAACAGGUUUCCAUUGAAGCGAGCAUUGAGUUUACAGAUCGUACUCUUAUGUAAUUUCGUUUUCGUUGGGUGUCUUUCUCUGUUGUUGAUUCCCAGCCGUUCAAAGCGGAAUGGACGAACCGACAAGCAGAUAUCAGCAGCUUCCCAAUGAGGAGGACCCAGAGGAGAGUCCACAGGCAGCCGCUGACGCUCCCCCCCCAUACAGCAGCAUCACGGGGGACAAUGCUGCCUUCUUUGACUACAAGGAAGAUGGGGCUUUCCCAAAGCCUCCGUCAUACAACGUAGCGACUACGCUACCUUCCUAUGAUGAAGCAGAAAGAACCAAGGCUGAGACCAGUGUUCCCCUGGUAACCGGAAGACAGCUUCAGCACAGGGAACGCCCGGAGACUUUUGAUGAUGUAAUACGCAGUUCACUGGAGGAUGAAGACUUUGUGACCAGAGACGACUUUGAUGAUGCUGAUCAGUUGAGGAUAGGAAAUGAUGGUAUCUUCAUGCUCACUUUUUUCAUGGCAUUCCUGUUCAACUGGAUCGGCUUCUUCCUUUCUUUCUGUCUGACCACUUCAGCUGCGGGACGCUACGGUGCCAUCUCAGGCUUUGGCCUCUCCCUCAUCAAAUGGAUCCUCAUUGUCCGGUUCUCCACAUACUUCCCUGGUUACUUUGAUGGACAGUAUUGGCUGUGGUGGGUGUUCCUGGUGUUGGGCUUUUUGCUCUUCCUUCGGGGAUUCAUCAACUACGCCAGGAUCCGCAAGAUGGCUGACACUUUCUCCACCCUGCCCCGCACCCGAGUCCUCUUCAUUUACUGAGCUCACAAUCCUUCAGCUUUCCAUCAUGAUUUUUUUGUUCUCCUUUUCAUUGAAACAUGCGGUCUGGCUUUACCCAAUCAAAAAAAAGGAGAAAAGAACACUUUUAACCCUCUUUUCUGCUUGAAAUUAUUUGGACAAUUCUUUUUUUGUCUCCUCUUGGUGUGAAAUAGUGACUGCUGAGAAAUCACUAAAAUCCUUCAGUUGUUAGUGGUGAACUGUCAAGUGCUAUUUGCAGUUAUGAAGUGUGUGUUGAUAAAUGAAUGCCUUAUUUACUGCCUGUUGGUUGCAGCGGCAUGAACUGUGCUCCUGUGUAACCACCAGGGGGCAGUCUUGUUUGUGUUAUCUUUCACCAUUCUAAUAUCAGAAGACGUUUUUCUUUUGUUUCUCAGCCCAGGGGCAGUGGUUCAUUUUGGUAUUAUGGAUUGCUUUAAGCAGUGUGUAACAAUAUAUUUCAAGUACCAGUUUAAUGUGCAUAUAAUCCUUCUGACCAAUGCUUUUUGUCCCUUGUGUAUUAGUGUGUAAUUCAGGUAAUAUGAGACUGAAAAGAGAAAUCAUUAGUUUUUUGGGCUAAAAAAGUUGUAAAUGUAUUAAAGAGCAGAGGCCGGGUUGCCCCUAGACCAUUUAUUCCACAUGUAUUUAGGAAUUGUCCGUGCAUACUAAGCACUAAUCAAGAGUGUCGUUUCCUUAUGAAUAAUACAUGUUUGUCAGCGGGGAAGUAAAGCUGCAGAUAUCCAGCAGAGCUUCAUGGACAUACAUGGGAUUAUUGCUCUGCUGUGCAAUAGAGUGAUAGUGAUUAAAUAAAAUGCUAGUUAAAAGAUUCAGAUGUGCUAAAAGACAUCAUAAAAUAUAAUUAAAUAAAUGAUUCCGACACCCUAUCGUAGUCACCCCAAUGGUUUCCAACCAGGAAAUAAUUAUCGUAUUGCCAGAUGUGAUUUAAAAACCCUUCUCUGUGAAGAGGAAGGUAUGAAUACAGAGUUGAGAUUUCUUUGAUGUUAAAAUGAAUUAUCGAAAGAGUUAUCAUGUUCCUGUUUACUGUCAUUCUAGUGGAAGCAGAAUUCCUUUUUUUUUUAACAGCAAUUUUAAAUAUCUUGCGGUGAAAAUGUUUUGAAAUAAACUGUUAAAGGACAUAUUUUUGUUGAGCCUUUAUCAAAUGAUGUUUAGCUUUCAGUAAAAGAAAAAUUACAUGAUAUAAGAGCCAUUUUAAUUUAGCUUGUCCAGAAAUAUCACAAAUCAGAAAAUGAAAUAGAUAAAUUUGAUGAUAAUAAAAAGGAGGAGCUUUUUCU